AUGUCGGAGCCGGAGCACCUGGGCGGGAAGCGGGCCGAGUCGGCGCGGCUGCGGCGGGCCGAGCAGCUGCGGCGCUGGAAGGGCUCCCUGACGGAGCAGGAGCCGGUGGCAGCGGGGGGCGGCCGGGGCCGGCACCGCGGCGCCGGGGGGUCCCGCGUCCGCUUCGAGGAGGGCGCCGUCUUCCUGGCCGCCUGCUCCAGCGGAGACACCGAGGAGGUGAAGCGCCUGCUGGGCCGCGGCGCCCGCAUCAACACCACCAACGUGGACGGGCUGACAGCCCUGCACCAGGCCUGUAUAGAUGAGAACCUGGACAUGGUGAAGUUCCUUGUAGAAAAUGGAGCCAAUGUGAACCAGCAAGAUAACGAGGGCUGGACCCCUCUUCAUGCAGUGGCAUCGUGUGGCUAUCUGAACAUAGCAGAGUACUUACUUAGUCAUGGAGCCAAUGUGGCUGCUGUGAACAGUGAAGGUGAAGUCCCGUCUGACAUCGCAGAGGAAGCAGCCAUGAAGGACCUGCUUCUGGAACAAGUAAAGAAACAAGGUGUAGACCUGGACCUGGCGAGAAAAGAAGAGGAGCAGCAAAUGCUACAGGAUGCCCGACAGUGGCUGAACAGUGGGAGAAUUGAAGAUAUAAAGCAGCCUCGAACAGGUGCCACGGCUCUUCAUGUUGCUGCAGCAAAGGGCUAUUCUGAAGUCAUGAGGCUCUUGAUCCAGGCUGGAUUUAAUCUGAAUGUCCAGGACAAUGACGGCUGGACUCCGCUGCAUGCUGCUGCACACUGGGGAGUGAAGGAAGCUUGCUCCAUCUUGGCUGAGGCACUGUGUGAUAUGGACAUCAGGAACAAGCUGGGCCAGACACCAUUCGACGUGGCUGAUGAGGGACUGGUUGAGCAUUUAGAAAUGCUGCAGAAGAAACAGACUGUGUUGCGAAGUGAGAAGGAGACGAGGAAUAAGCUAAUUGAAGCCGACAUGAACGACAAGCCUCAAAGCGGACUCUUCACCAACAAAGAGAAGAUUCUUUAUGAGGAAGACACGCUGAAGUCCAUGGAAACUGAGGAAGAGAGCAAGGACUCUAGCAGCUCUAGUUCUGAAGAAGAGGAAGAAGCUGAAGAAGAUGAAGUUUCAGAAUCAGAUGCUGAAAAGGAGUCAGAAAGGAAGGAAGAGCCCUUUGCCAACCACUCCAGCCAUGAAACCAGGCCUAGCAUCACUGAGCAAAUACCACCACCCGAGCCCAACUCCUUCACUGCAUCUGCCAGAAGAUUCAGUUGGCUCAGCAAGUCGGACGAGCAGAAGGAUGAGUCACCUUCAUCGUGGCGGCUGGGACUACGGAAGACUGGCAGUCACAACAUGUUGAGUGAAGUCGCUGCUACUCGUGAGGCGCAGAGAGAUAAGACUUCUUCUAUCUAUCGUUCUUCGUCAAGUCCUCGGAUAUCUGCAUUAUUAGACAAUAAAGAAAAGGAUAAAGACAACAAAAGCUAUCUUGCCACAAUAGCCCCCAGAAGACUAAGCAGUACGAGCGAUAUAGAAGAAAAAGAAAACAGAGAAUCAGCUGUUAACCUAGUGCGGAGCGGCUCUUACACCUGGCAGCCAUGGAGGGAUGAAUCAAAGGGAAACGAAGCUCCUCAUUCUGGUGCACCUACUACCUACGUAUCUACCUACUUGAAAAGUGCUUCAUUUGGUAGAAGUAGUGACCUCAGCAGUCCCUACAUUUCAGCCAGUCGCAAUACAUCUCUAGCUACCUCACCCACUACCAUUGGUUCAUCUACCUCAUUGGGCACCCCGUGGCAACCUGUCUCUUCCUGUCCCACAUCUCUCGGUGCGAACACUACUGCAUCAGCCCGCCAAUAUACCAGAGCCCCUUUCAGGCAACAAACUGACUCUGCUGUAGAGAAAAAUACAGAGGGCAUCUCUGCUAGCACCCCUCUAGGUGUAAUCACAAAUCGUGCUAUACUCGGCUCUGCUAAUGGUAUUGCGAAUGCCAGUGCUGCCUCAACUACAGGAAAGGACUUCUCAGCUGAGGAAGCCAGGGAGCGCAGAAGGUCAUAUCUGACUCCAGUGCGGGAUGAGGAAGCAGAAUCACUGAGGAAGGCACGAUCCAGGCAGGCCCGGCAGACUCGUAGGUCUACGCAGGGUGUGACACUGACAGACCUUCAGGAGGCAGAGCGAACCUUCAGCCGGUCUCGGGCAGAGCGGCAAGCUCAGGAACAGCAAAGCGAGAAAGCUGAGAGCACUGAGCCUGCUGUGGACAGCAGCGAGAGGCCGGAGACCCGGUCACGGUGGAGCAGAAAUACAGAUGAGGAGACUGUCUAUCGGCGAUUAAGGUGCCCAGUACAACCAGACAAACCUACGACACCUGUAUCUCCUUCAACGUCAGCACCUCUCCUUUAUACAAGUUCAUACCUGACUCGAACAAAUAAGUAUCUAGGUCUUGACUCUGUGAAUCCAGCAGAUUUCAGAGGUGCAGCCACAGAAAUGGAGAAAAAUGAGUGUGAAGAUCAGGAUUUAGACGACAGAUCUCCGAACAAACAGUCAAUCCGAGAGAGGCGGCGGCCAAAGGAGAGGCGAAGAGGCACUGGCAUCAUUUUCUCAACAAAAGAUGAUGAUGAUGAAGUUGAUGGAAAUGAGGAAGUGAAGGAAACUCGGCAUGAAAGACUUUCCAGGUUGGAAGCAGCUACGAACCCUACGACCAGUGACUCCUCCUACAGCGACCGUGCCUCCAGCCGCUCCAGUGCCUACACCCGGAGGGAGAACCGGUUAGCCGCCCUCAGCAGCAGAGCAGAAGAGGAGAGUAACAGGGACUAUAAAAAAUUAUACGAAAGCGCCCUGUCUGAAAAUCAAAAGCUGAAGUCAAAACUGCAAGAAGCCCAGCUUGAGUUGGCUGACAUCAAAUCGAAGUUGGAAAAAGUAGCCCAGCAGAAACAGGAGAAAACUUCUGACCGGUCCAGCAUGUUGGAGAUGGAGAAAAGGGAGAAGCGAGCCCUGGAGCGGAAACUCUCUGAAAUGGAAGAGGAGAUGAAGAAUCUCCACCAGCUCAAACAGAUUCACACUCUGAGGCAGAUGAAUGAGCAACUGCUGGCUGAAAACAGGGCUCUGACCCGGGUCGUAGCCAGGCUUUCUCUGCCUGCCAAGCCCUCCGAAUCAGAGGAGCUGUAGCUGCUUUCCCUCCGGCUCAUCUCGCCUCCCUCUUCCACUCUUCCAGGCAGGUCUCCACUCCCUUGGCCGGGCUCUUCCCCCUCACCUCGUUGCUCUCGAGGGUGUCUGAUGAAGCUUGUGGCUUAAAAGCAGCAUGUGGCAAAGGAUCCUCCGAAAGCCAAAAGCAUGGUGUUACUGCCCGGCUGAAGGCAGGGUUUCGCUGGAGGCUCUGUUCAGUCCUGCUGACUUUUGCUCUGCUUGGCAGAUGAUGCUCACCUCGCCAUUUUACUAACCGACUGCAUCAGGGGGUUGCCUUGUCCCUAUGGAUGGGGUCCACAUCUCCCAUCAUCCAGGAGAGAAAUAAGAGGACAGGCUCCCUGCCUUGGUCUGAAGGCACAGGGCUGGGUGGACGGCGCUGAGAUGGCUACUGAGGAGUGAUGGAUCAGCUGCUUCCCUGUGGCUUAAUGCUGGCAGAUGGCUUUGGGGUGGCUUGUCAGUGCCAAUCACAGAAUCACUAAGGUUGGAAAAGACCUGUAAGAUCAUCAAGUCCAACCAUCAACUAACACCACCAUGCCCAUUAAACCAUGUCCCACAAUGCCUCGUCCACACGUUCCUCAAUGGGUUAGCCAGCAGCCCCUUCCCCAUUACCUUACCCCAAAGUAGGUGUUUUGUGCUAUGUGUCUGCUCAUAUUCUUUUUCAGUUGGACUUAGUUCAGUGAGAAGCUGGCCCCCAGCAAAUAAGAUUAUCCAAAGUCAGAAUGAACAAUGUAAUAAAUUUCUAGGGAUAUUAUACAAAGUGCACAUUUUAGACAGAAAGGUGAUUUUUAGAAAACCUACAACUGGGCAGUCCUCAGCAGGUUUUCUUGGUCACUUGAGCAAAGAGAACAAGCUCCGUCCCUCAUUUUAAAGAGAGUCUGAGUUCAGUUUUUGAGUCCGAGUUCACAGGCUGCAGCAUCCCCUCUGCCUCCCGCGGUCUGGCUAUGAGGCAGGUGAAGCGAUCGGAGACCGACCAGACGCAUACUCUUUUUUCAUCUUCUGUUUUAAAUUCAGUGCAAAGCAAUUAGUGUCUGAAAUCCAAGGAUGAGCCUUCCGUAAGCUUUGUUCUUGCACAUCACGCACUUAAAUUACAUCCUUUCUUGCUACUUCAUUGGUUCGGUGCUAAAAUAAAGCGUAAAUGCUUCUUUCCUAGGGCCCUGCCUGUCUUUUGCAGGUUAGUAGGGAUGUUCAGAUCCCUUCAGAUGUAGCUAUUUUUUUAAAAAAGGAAGAAGCAGUAUGCUCUCAUGGGCUGGAAGUGGCACUCAGGUAUAAAAAAAUCUAUUCUUAGCACACAAAUUAUAUCAAGGAUGAUUAACCGUAGAAACAAACUAACCGAGGGAAUUGUGGCUUCCCCUUUCCGGGAGUCUCAGUUCAAGACCACACGUGUAUCACAGUGGCUGAGAGAGGGGGUGUUUCAUGUUAUGUGGCCUGAAUUGUGCAGAUGGUCAGGUUAAAUGAUCUCACCAUCUUUCUGGUUUAAAUCUGCGAAAGUAUUCCCAAACGUGUCACUGGUUCAUUCCUUCUCAUAAGCGGUGAGUUUAAGUCAUUCUCCUUCCCAACGUGCUUUGAGAUCUGAGAGGGAAAAUUGAGUAAAACUAUUUCCAGACUUGGAGAAAUAAUGUUUCACAACUGUAAGUCACCGGUCUCUCUCCUUCUCCUCGGAAAUACUCACAUUAUCAUUUUCCCCCUGCUAACAACCGUCUGCUCUGACAUGCCUUGUCUCUUGCGCAGGCUGGCUGAGACAUGGGUGGACUGAUCCUUCCCAGCUCGCUUAUAGGUUUGCAGUUCACUGCUGGUGUCCGAGCUGGAGAAGAGCCGCGUGUCUGCAAGCUCUGCUGAUUUUUUUUCAACUCUUUUAGUAGGUCUAACACAGGAUGUUGCUGGUACCUGUAAACCGUGUCUCACCGGUGUCUGUAGACAUCACAGCUAUACAGUAAUGUCACUGUUUUAAACUCUGACAGAUUUACCACGCUCUUGCAGCAGUGGUGCUUUUCAACGAAUCUCAUUUUCCAAAAUCCACGUAAUUUCUGAACUGCCACCUUCUCCGGUGUCACAGGUAGCACACAGCACCACUGCUCGGACCAACCUCUAGCCCAAAACUCACUUUACACCAACACUGCCCCAUGGUCAGCUUCACCAUCCCCUGCGGGCAGUGCCACAUCCCUCCUUACCAUUUCCAAUGAGACAUUUAUAAAGCUUCAGUUUUCAGGCCCCUGCAUUACCAGCCUGCUUCACGUGCAGUUUAUUUUACCGGACUCAAGGCUGCUUUGCUUCGAAGGGAGGAAUGCCCUUGGCCUGGGAGGAAUGAAAUCUUACAAGGUUGAUUUUUAGUUUUCAGAAAGCUUCACUGGAACCUGAUGGACUAGGGUUAUAGCUGGGAAACUUUUCAAGAAGCACUAGCUUUACAUGUACUUAUGCUCCUUCCUUUUUGAAUAAAUCACCAAAGUUGCACCGAGGCAUGUGUGUAAGGCAUAGCCACCAUCAGAGCUUCCAGUAAGCUGUAGAACUGGGAUGGUUGCUCCCUGAUUUUGCUUCUGGAAACCUGUGACAGAUUAUCUCUACCAAAGCAAGUGGCAGAACUUCAUAUCACUGCCUUACUACAGUGAUGGACACAUUCAAGACUGCAAGGCCACCGCAGGCAGUGACAUAGAGAGGACAGGGACUGUCCAUCUGCAGACUGCAAUAGGUGGUUGAACUGUCACAGUGCACUGGACUGGAAGGCACUGUGCUGCGUUGUGGGUGUUAGAUGAAGCUCAGGAGGAAACGGAGGAGUGCGGGAGUGAGACAGCAAGUGCUCUCCCCGUUUCUCUGGGCUCCCGAGCACUUUGGUGAUGGGUGAUGCCUCUCAUUUGGCCGUGAGAAAUUGCAUAAGGAGUCACGACUGCUGUUCUGGUGACAGCCCUGUCAUGGAGAUGUGCCUGUCGCACCACCGAGUCCAGUGAGACACUUUUCAGCAUCUCUAGCUGAAGCUCCAGCGAGCCCAUCACAUAGUUUUACCCUUAUCCAAAAUCCCACCAUGCUGCGCUUUCCCCCUCCGCUCCCUCUUGCAAAACCUCCCGUCUGGAGCAUCCACCGCCAGCGCCAGCAGGGACGGGGUUGGGCGCGGUGGGGCCAGGCAUGGCUUGGCCUGACUGUGAAAGGAGGGAAUUGCUUCAGCAGGAGCAGUGGGAGCUGGCAUCUGCCCCGGGAGCUGCCUGCGCUCGGUGGCGGUGGUCGUGGAAGGGCUGCAGAUGAGAGGAACAGGCAGGAGGCUGUGGUCAGAGCUGAAAUGCCAGCUUAGGGGGAAGGAGAAGGUUUAGUGGGGAUUUUGAAUUUGGGGGAAUUCCCCUAAGAUCCACCUUGGCAGAGAGAAGUCAUCGCUAAGCUCAUACUGGUGCCGUUUAUACCUGCAUGUGACCCCGCUCCACCCUGGCCUGUUCCAGCAGUCUCUGGGGCUGCUCACCCUCAGGGUUGCUGGCACCCAUGGUGCGAGUUACACCUCUGUGUCACACCCCGAGACGGGCAGCGCGGGGUCUCCUUCCAGGCCCCGAACGGCUGGCAACAGCCCACAGAAGGUCACCUGCCCGCAGGGUGGGAAGCAGGGGGAGUCAGGAGGGAUUUUUGCCAAUGAGAAAUGCUGGAAAGGUCUUGUCGAAAUUAUUUCCUUCUCUAUUUCCAACUAAAAGCUUUCUGGCUUUUGUCUGUGUUGCGACCCUUGGUUGAGCUCCAGCAUUCAAAAUUGAGCACCAAGGAGGUAUCAUCUCCAGCGUC